UUGGACAGAGAAGAAGGGAAGGGAGGGGGGAUUUAAAGGGCAAGAAACGGAGGGAGAUUUAGAUAGAGCCCACAGAUCCAGCGCAGAGCAGGAGCAGAGGCGGUAGAUGGGAGGAGAGGAGAGGAGAGGAGAGGCAUUGACUGGAAGCGCACACAUGGAAGAGAAGAAAACGGCUAUUUCAUGUGCUCAGUGUGCAUGACUGAGGAGCGCGGCUGUCUGUCUGGAUUGUUAGUCAUCUGCUGCCCCACAGCUAGAGGACGUACGAAGAAGCACAAGGCGGGCUGGGGAUAUAGGGCUGUGUGCAGAGGAUGAACAGGCGAUGUGGGCUCUCUGGCUGUGAUCGCUGUCCUCAGACCCCGUAGCCACUUGCACUGGUGCUGUUGCAGGCCAUUAGCCUCGCACUUAGGCAGCAGCAGUCAGAGUGAUUGAUACAGAAAUGAGCUCCAAGCACUCCUCCGACUGGAUUCCCUACAGCACUUUAGAUGACGAGGGCACCAACCUCCGACAGCAGAAGCUGGACAGACAGCGAGCGCUCCUUGAACAGAAGCAGAAGAAGAAGAGGCAGGAGCCUCUGAUGGUCCAGUCUAACGUGGACGGGAGGUCUCGCACUCGUCGGACCAAACAGAGCGAGGAACAGGCUCCGCUGGUGGAAUCCUACCUCAGCAGCAACAGCAGCACUAUCUACCAUGUGCAAGAAGCUGAACAGGAGGAGGUGAAGGUGAUAGCGGACAUGCAGCCGCCUCGCUCAGCCAAAAAGGGCAAAGCCUCGGCCAGCUCCACUCCACAGACUGGCAGCGACAAGAAGGAGAGGAAGGGGAAGCACAAAGCGAUCGACGGCCUGGCUUCCCAGCAGGAUGAUGGUCAGAUCCAGAUCCUGACAGUGGGGCACCCCACCACGGAGGAGGCCGAGGGAGAGCCCGUCAUGAGCUGCACCCAGUCACAGAGUAAGCAGGACCUGCGCGUCACCAUGCUCAAGAAAGGAAUAUCCAGCAGUAUGAACUUCGAUGAAGAAGAGGAUGAUGAAGAUGAAAUUAGCUCCAGUUCCUCGCAGCUCAACAGCAACACAAGACCAGGCUCCGCCACCAGCAAGAAGUCAUGCAAGGAGGUGGCCUCGGCACCCACUCCGCCAGUCAGUGAACCCGCCAUCGAUGUGGACGACCUCGAAGAGUUUUCUCUGCGACCUGCGCCCCAGGGGGUCAGAGUGAAGUGCAGAAUCACCAGAGACAAGAAGGGCAUGGACAGAGGCAUGUAUCCCACCUACUACCUUCAUCUGGAGAGAGAGGACGGCAAGAAGGUGUUUCUGCUCGCUGGCAGGAAGAGGAAAAAGAGUAAAACGUCUAAUUACCUCAUCUCCAUCGAUCCCACUGAUCUGUCUCGAGGUGGAGAGAGCUUCAUUGGUAAACUGAGGUCUAACCUCAUGGGAACCAAGUUCACUGUAUAUGACAGUGGUCUGAACCCUAUGAAGAGCACCACCAGCCUCGAAGCCAGCAAUCUGCGUCAAGAACUAGCAGCCAUUUGCUAUGAAACCAAUGUCUUAGGAUUCAAAGGACCUCGCAAAAUGAGUGUCAUCAUCCCUGGAAUGAACAUGGACCAUGAGAGAGUGUCUAUUCGCCCACGAAAUGACCAUGAGUCACUGCUGGCCAGGUGGCAGAACAAGAACACAGAGAGCGUGAUCGAACUCCACAACAAGACGCCCGUGUGGAACGAUGACACACAAUCCUAUGUGCUCAACUUCCACGGCAGAGUCACUCAGGCCUCCGUCAAGAAUUUCCAAAUCAUUCACGACAACGACCCUGACUAUAUUGUGAUGCAGUUUGGCCGUGUGGCAGAAGAUGUCUUCACCAUGGACUAUAACUACCCAAUGUGUGCCCUGCAAGCCUUUGCCAUUGCCCUCUCCAGCUUUGACAGCAAGUUGGCCUGUGAAUAGAUCCGAGCCUGACGUUCAUGUGGAGAACUGGUCCAUCUGUCCUCUAAACAAGGGCUGUUAAUGAAUCCACAGGGCUGGUUUGAGAUCUUCAGACCGCCUCAGUACCUUGGAAGUCCUGCAUUUCCCAAAAUGCUUUACGGGCCUCAAGUUUUGUGUGUGUAUGUGUGUGUGCUGGGGGGUGGGACCUCAGGAUGGUCUUGGUCAGUGGAAGAAAACAAGCACAAAGAGUAAUCCACUUUCAAAAUCCAAUUUGUUUGUUUUGAUAACUAUAGUCAUUUUGUACUGUAACGACAUUCUAAAAACGAACACUGUUCCUUUAUGUAGUAGUUAGAGAAAUUUAACAUUUCUUCUUUAUCUGUAAAUUAUAACUAACAGUUACACAUCUGUAAGUUUUACAAGUUGACUGGAUUUUAUGUAGUCUGCCACGUAAAAAAAAAGAAAAGAAAAAAACGCAAUGUCACACACUCCCUCAAGCAUGAACACUGCUUGUAUGGUUACUGAAUUAAAAAUAACAUGCACGUCACAAUAUAUUUAUUUUGUUAUUUAUGUAUUUAUUACAUGCUCAUUUUGUUUUUCUGUCAUCAUCAGUUUCAGCAGUAUCUGCUCCAUGGAGCUGCAAGCACAUGAAUUAGCAUCACAAGGAGGAAUAUCUCUUGUAUCCACACAAAACGAUUAGUGACUUGGAUGUGAACAGGGAAAAGGCAUGUUAUGCUGUGCUGUGUACCAUAUACAAUAUUGUGUCACAGUGUUCAUGUAUGUGAAUGUAUAGGAUGAUGGUGCACUUUACUUUGAAGUCUAGUAGUGGAUGAGAUAUAGCUGUACAUACUUUAUUGUGCCUUUGAAGACUAAUUCCAGUGUUACGCUUUGACCGUAAAAUGAGCUGAGCUUGAAUUGGUCUUUGCUUUUCCUGCUGUUCUCACAUGCAUUGGAAAUAUUUCUCUGUAGCUACUUUGAAUCAAGUCGUCUAUUGCAAGGUUCAUUUGGAUUGGUUAAAUAGCUGGGGGUUGCAAAACCGCCAGAAGAUAGUAAUCCAAAGUGCACAUCGUGGGACAACAUUUUAACGAUUGUCCGUGAGUAUUGUACUGUUAAUCAGGCAGCAGAUAUAAUAUCCAAGGCACUCAGGCUUAAGGUUGUGCUCAUAUCUUCUGAUGUCUCCUACCUGGAAAAAACAAACUCAACACAGAUCAACUUACUGCCAACAAACACACUAACAGUGUGACUCUGCCACAGCUAACACUUAUUUCAUCUUUUGCUCUUUACACCUUUGAUUAAUUUUAUGCUCCACUAAUGUGGAGUUGGGAACAUUCCUCAUCUGACUGGCAGUAAGUUUCUAUAUCACAUGGUUUAUUGCUAUUCACAUUUUUACUCAAUAUAUUAUUCCUCUCGCUCCUUAUGGGGCAGUGUCCUUUCUCAAAUAUAUAAUAGUAUUUUGUAUUUUACGACCAUUAAAAAUGCUGAAUGAAGGCAAAGAACAAUCUCUGAUACCGCUAUUGUUACUGUGGGUUAUGAGGAAAUCUUUAUCAAAUGUGCUAUUCUUGUACUCAGUUGUGUUCUAACUAUUUUAAAUUUCUAUUUUAAAACUGUUGAUACUCUUGCUGUAAAGUCUGCUUUUCAUACAUGUGUCCAGGAACCAAACGUUCUUUCACUUUCUGUUUUUAGUGCUCUCGUUGUAAUGUACAGUAAAUGGUGUACAAUUUACUGUGGUGGUAUAGACACAGUCAUUUGAUCAUGGAAAAAAAAUAAAACUUCAGUAAGUCAUAAA